GCGGUCGAGAAUUAUUUAAAAAACCCUAAAUCUGUAUUCACUCAAAGCCGGCGGAGAGGUAGAAGAAUCCGGCGAUUUCUUCCCCAAAAUGUCAUCGUCGAAGGAGAAGAAGAAGUCGCCGCCGUCGGAAUCGGCUCCAGAUCCAUCACUUCCCUAUGAUCUACUAUUGACCUGCUUCGCACGCGUCUCGAGAUUAUACUACCCGUCUCUCUCCGUAGUCUCCAAGAACUGUCGAUCCCUCGUUGCGUCGCAAGAGCUUUACAACACUCGAUCUUUCUUGAACCGCACGGAGAGUUGUCUCUACGUAUGCUUAGAUUUCCCUCCUGACCCUAACCCACGUUGGUUCACUCUCUACCGAAGACCUAAUCAAACCCAGAAGACAGACUACUCAAGUGGAUAUGUUUUGGUUCCAAUUCCGAUUCAGAAUUCACCUCCUGUGGACUACAAGGUUCUCGUGACGGUUGGUUCUAAUAUCUAUGCCAUUGGCGGAUCCGUUGAGAAUUCACCUUCCUCUAGCGUCUCAAUGUUAGACUGCAGGUCUCAUACUUGGCACGAGGCUCCAAGCAUGCUGAUGGAGCGGUAUAACCCAGCUGCUAAUGUUGUUGAUGGGAAGAUUUAUGUAUCAGGAAGCUUGGAAGACUCCAAUUCCUCUAAUUGGAUGGAGGUUUUCGAUGUAAAGACUCAAUCUUGGGAGCCUGUGUUGAGCCCUCUUGAUAAGAGAUGUAGUAGUAUAUACACGAGCGCAGUGAUUGAAGGAGAAAUCUACUUGAUUGGGGAUAAGGUUGUGGCUUACAAGCCUGAAGGAGAUAAAUGGGGAGAUGUAGGAGAGCAUCAGAAUAUGGAUUCAGGAUUGUUUUAUCCUUGUUAUUGCGUGAUAGGUAACAUACUCUAUUGUUAUCGUCCUGGUGGAAUCAAAUGGUACAACUCAGAGAAAAGAUUGUGGAGGCGUUUGAAGGGUUUGAAAGGAUUGUCUACGGUUGAUAGUUGUUGUGUUAAGUUGGUGGAUUAUGGUGGAAAGAUGGCGAUUUUGUGGGACAAGUAUUUACCUUCUGCUGGCUAUAAGAGUCAUACGAUUUCUUGUGCGGUGGUUUCCUUUGGAAGAUGCAGGAAUCAGGAUAUUCGUGGAAAGGUCGAGUGGUUUGAUGAUAUGCUUACAGUCCCUAGCUCUUACAAUUUUGUGGGUGUUCUUGCUGCUACCCUUUGAUGAAUGCCAUACAAGACUGAUGUAAAAGUUGGUGAAUCUUUCGUGAUUUGUUGGUAUUAGAUAUAUCAUUUUGUUGGAUGAUUGAAUGAUAUCGACAUCGUUUCGCUUUUAAAUCUUUGAUGGUUAGUUUAUUA